GGGGGGUUGGGGGGUAGCCGAUCCUCUGGAGGCAAGUCCGUGCCCGUCGCCAACACAGUAAAACAUAACGGAUGAAAACACAGAUCUGGAUGCAUCAUAAAACAUGGUGCUCAAACACACAGAAGAGCUUCCGACUAGCCUGUGAGUGCCGGCAGGUUUCACAACCAAGCGCCUCUUCUGCGGGGCGGGAGGGGGGGGGGGAGAGAGAGAGAGAGAGAGAGAGAGAGAGAGCUGACUGAGUCCGUCCGUCCUGACUGACCCGUGACACCGCCAGGCGAUGACAGCGGCUACAGCCACUCCGCAGGUGAUGAGGGACCGGCUGCUAAAGGCCAUCGACGGCCAGAGCAAUCAGAUAUGCAACAUGGUGGUAGUUAUGGAGGUGAUCUCCUAUCUGGAGAAAUAUCCCAUCACCAAAGAAGCACUGGAGGAAACUCGUCUCGGCAAACUCAUCAACGAUGUCCGCAAGAAAACCAAGAAUGAAGACCUUGCAAAAAGAGCCAAGAAGCUCUUGCGAAACUGGCAGAAGCUUAUUGAACCGGGGAAGGGUGAGGUGUUGUCCAAGGGACACACUGUUGCAUCCUGGUCUUCAAAUGGUUGCGUCGCCACUCCAGCCAUUACCACACCAUCAGGUAAAACCGGGGCAGAGUUGAAGAACAGAAACGACUUCAACAACUGUUCCCCCCUUAGGAUGGAAAAGUUGAGCAACAAAAAACGAAAGGGAAACCAUAAGGAAGGAGAGCUUUUGCCAGCCAAGAUAUCCAAAAAGACACCUGAUGAUAAAAUGCGAAGCUCCAAACAGCUGCCGACCAAUGGACUUAGCAGUAGCUCUGAAAUUUCUACAGAAAUGUAUGCACAUCAGCCUUCAGAUAGGGAUAUUCCUGAGCCUUUGGACAACAACAGGUUAAGUAAAAUCCCAGUCAAUGCUGUAAAACCUCAUCCAAGUGCCCCAGGAUACAGCAAGCCUCCUAGCACUUCUUCUUUGCUGAAGGCGUCAGUCCUGCAGCAGCAUGCCAGACAGGAGCAAGCUGCUUCUGGGGGGCAGCAUAAACCCAGAAGCCCGCGUGGUUUCUUGCACAGUCCUCAAACUUUAAAGCAGGAAGCUGGCUUUAAUCAAACUGUACCACAAGCACAGAGGCCUGUGUCAGAUGACACCUCUGUGUCAGGGUCUUCCCUUCAGCCUUCAAAUAUUUGUGUUCCAGGUUCGUGGUCUGCCGAUUCAGACUCUAAAAGCAGGGCUCCCCAUAAAUCUCUUCUUAACUCACCCUUUAGUGAUGGUGUCAGUUUGGAGGACAAUAGUACUGUUAGCAAUACAGGGAGAAGGAAAGGACACAAUUACAAGCCUAAGGACUGUGUUGUUGUGAAGUCAGAUGGACAUACUGUAGAAGAUAGCUCUAAACCAGUCAGGUUAAAAGACAGGAGGCUGACUUUUGACCCUGUGACAGGACAGAUCAAACCCUCCUUUCUUAAAGAGCCUUGCCAGGAGGAGGAGGUCAGACUGAGCCACAGACCUGAAUCCCAGUGGUCGGAAAUGCCAAAACCCAAUCAGCCCAUUCCUCCCAGUUCCUUCCAACAGACGGACUGGAAAGAACUUUCUCGGAGCGAAAUCAUCCAGUCAUACCUUAGCCAGCAAAGCAACAUGCUCACAUCAUCGGGCACACACACACCUGGUGCACACUUUUUCAUGACAGAGUUCAUAAAAAAAGAGGAACACCAAAGUAAAGACGCCAAGAAGACACACACGCUUGCACCAGAACUCCCAGCAAAGGAUUUACCGGGGGUCAGCAGAGAGGUCAUCUAUGAAGACCUGAACAGAUUACACACCCAACACUGGUCUGGUGUUAAUGGUUGCUCUGACACAAAGGGUCAUUGGUAUGACUGGACAGAGUGCAUAUCUUUAGACCCACAUGGAGAUGAGAGCAGGUUGAACAUACUGCCGUACGUCUGUCUGGAUUGAAACCAAGAUCUGGUUGGAAGUUCUAUGCUUUGUCCAUCAGCAGAGUGACUCUGCAUAUGAAGGCACUUACAUAUGAGGUGUUUUGCACCUUUGGAUAAAAGAUGCGACAAUGUGCUGACUGCUUCAUAGUGUGUGGAGCAGAGGGUGUGUAAUCAGUGCUCUUUAUGAGUUUUUGAACAAUGUGUGCGGGCAGGAAGAAAAAUGGGCUAUGCACAAUCUGACCAUGAAGUUGUCAGUGUUUAGUUACCGUACAGAUUGAGUUUCCAAACCUGACAUUGUUCGUAUGGAUGAGGACAUAUCAUUAAACUGCAGAGCUACAUUUACUCAUUUUAUUGUUAGCCUUGUGAACAUGAUUCCUGCAUCUACCCAGAUUCAAAUAACAGUGCUGUAUUUUUUUCUCCAUGUUGAAGUUUUGUUAGUUUUAAUCGAAAUCGAACACGUAUACCAAUGAGGUCUCUGUUGGUAUUUACUCAAAAGUCUUGGAACAAACCUGUCUAUCAACAAAAAAGUUGCUAUCAUAAUAACCAUCAGUAUUAAGAACUAAGAAAUGUUUGAGCCAUGAAAUUGUUCCGCAAGGCACCUGUUUCAGCAGUAUAUAACUGUUUCAUCCAUCAGAAAAACAGACUGAUCUGUUUCAUAACAGAACAAAAAAAAUAAGUGUGUUGUGAGUUUUGAAUGUGGUUAAAUUGUGAAACUGCCAGAUGUGACUGUGCAGCUUGAGGUGAGAGAGAAAGGCAUGUAUUAGGCCAAAAAAAUACACACGGAGAGAGAAAUGUGGCUGCCAUGAAAGAUAUUUAUUUACAUCUAAAUAUUCAUUUUUAGUUUUAAAUUAAUAAUUUCCACAUGUUUUCAGACCACGCUGAUUAAUUUCUGGUUUCUUCAUUCACAAUUGUUUUGGUAAUACAGCAGCCCUUUUCCUGUUCAUACACCAACCUACUUAAUCCGGGAAAUACUUUCCAUAAUGAGAAAUUGUAAUAAUGUAAACUAAUUUUAUUUUAAACUUGCCUUUUCUCUUGUGUAUUUAGUUUGUAAAAUAUCAAUUGACAUGGCAGAGCAGUAAGUACUGUUAGCUUGCAUCUUUGUACUGUAAGGAGGAGCUGGGAUAUAAAUUGACAUGCUGGAUAAAGUACUUAAUAUCAUUCCUUUAAAUAUUGUUUGCCUUAUGGAAACUCCCCCCUCCCCUAAAGACAGCCUUAGUGAAUACAGAAAUUCAUUUUUUUGUUCAGCUGAAUGCAGAAGAGACCAUAUUUCCUACUUUGCCCUUUUAAGUGGACAUGUUGAUAUGUGUUAAUUAAAAAAAAUUGAAGGAA